UAUUUACUUCUUACCCUUCCUUACCGCCCGCCCGGACUGGCGGACACCAUUUAUUACACAGCUACGUAGUUACUGUUAGUGCCACCAAGUUUUUUCCGAUAUCUGGAAUCCAACAACUGGUUCCUGGAUGUAACAGCUGAAAUGGAUACUGAGGACAACACAUUCACCCCACCGAUUGAUUUUAUAUGUGCAGGAGAUGCUGAGGGAGAAUACAUUGUAUGUGAUAUUAUGAAGCCGUCACAAGACAGUUCUACAUUUAAUGUUUGUAAACAAGAGAAGCAGUCAUUUCUCGGUGCAGAACCCAAUAAUUCCAAUAACUAUGAACAGUAUCUGGUGUAUGUCCAGGAGUCUAAAUACUCCUCAAAAGCGGUGAAACCUCCUUACUCACUUAGAGAUCUGAUCACACUGGCCAUCACCAGCUCCAAGGAUCAAUUCCUGUCUGUGGCGGAAAUCCGACAGUUUAUUCGGAAUAUAUUUCCUUACUACCGGUGCAGUUUCAGUUGGGAGAGUUCAAUACAGAUAUACCUCAAGCAGGGCAAAUUUCGGCUACACCAAUGCUUCUGUGAUCAGUCAGGAAAAAUGAAGGUGGAGGGUGGGGGUUGCUAUAUGAGUGACCAGGAUCUGUGGACUGUGGACCCCCAAUGGGCUGAUGUCACUCUAAGGCUUGCCUUUUCGUCACCCACACGUCUCAAGAGGAAGGGCGGAGCCAUCGAGACAGGAAAACAUAAAGUUCCCAAGUUGACACAAACAAUAGAAGAUGAUGACAGUUUUGAAAAGAUUAUUUUUGGGGAUUCACCUAAAAAGAUGACAAAAAAUGAAAUUUUCUUAGAUGAUAAUGAUGAACAUAAAUUUUGUGGAGGGAAUCAGCGAUUGAAAGAGUUAUUCAAGGAACUGACAGAGGCUCCUCGGUGCAAGUCUACUUGUCGACCACCACCCUUCACCAACAGUCUUUUAAUAACUCUGGCCAUAGUUUCCGGCACCGGUGACUCUUUUACCACAUCCCAAAUUGUUGAUACCAUUACCCAGAUGUUUCCAUAUUUUGAAAGUUGUAGUAAAAGUGGAUUUAGACGCUCAAUUCUUCGAACAUUAAAUGUAAAGAAAAAAGCUUUUCUCAAAACUUCUUCUGAAUUUGACAAGGAAUCCAGUUGGAACAUAAGAAUGCCUGUUGAUACUGUGAUAAAAAUUUUAGAAAAGGCUGCAAACUAUCUAGAAACAGAGGAAUCUGAAGAAUCUUCUCUAGAGGCUUCUCCAAAGAAAAAAAGAAAGAAAGAGAGUCCUACAAAACGAAAACCACAAAAUCCACCAUUACCUACAUGUGAACUGUUGAAAAUAUCCAGUUUGGAAGAGGAUGAGAGUGACUUGUGGGAAGAAAAGGAUUUGUUAAGACCCUGCAGUGGUGAUUCACCACUGGAGGAGAAGUGUAAAAAACUGAUAGAAAAUAUUGACCAGUCCGGAUCGUACCCCUUGUCAGUCAUUGUAACGACUGCCAUCACUCUCUCUCCAAGUGGUUAUCUUUCCUUGAAGGGAAUUUACAGUUUUAUUGAUAAGUUCUUUCCCAGUAAACGCGGCUGGAAACAAUAUGUCAGACCAAUCAUGAAAAGCAAAGACUUCAUUCAAAUAGGAAGCAAAGAGAGAUAUUGGACUGUUACUCCAAAUGCUGCAGCAAAAUUACUACGAUUCCAAAAAGAAGAGAAAGAAGAUCAGUCAGUUGAGUCAGCUGGUAUUGAAUCCAGCUGUACGGAGAGAUGUUCUAAAGAGGCACAGGAAAACAACCAGGAGAGCUCUGAGAGUGAUAUCACUGAAAAUGCUCAGCUUAAUGGAACAUUGGCUCCUGUCAUUCAUAUUCAACGUUCAAGAUCCCUUGAAAGAUUAGCUGCAGAAUACAAAAACAGGCAAAACAAUAGUAAACAGGUGAGCUUCACCAAAAACUGUGCCUCCAGUGCAGUCGGAAGGGCGAUGGACAUAUGGGAGGGCUGGCCAGCUCCCAGCCCCAAGCUGGUAGAAUUGCGUCAGAACUUACAAUGUUUCAUUGAGAACAUGGAGCAGCUGCUACAACUUGCUGCUAAAGAUGAGGACUCAUCAGACAUUUUGAUAGGAAGCAAUAAUAGAGAACCAACUAUUGGAGUGACAGAAUGGGAUGACUCUAUGGAAGGAAAAUGUUCACCAAAAAGUGCUCGUCAAAAAAUUUUGGAAAUGGCUAGUAGACAGGAAGGGUUUCUGGGGUUUGACUUGGACUACUGGAGUGGCAAGUGGAGAGGAUGGGACAAGGUGAACAUCAAACGUAGAGAUAAGUUGCGAGAGGUUGUCAGAAAACUAGAGGGUGAAGUUUCUCUGGUCCACGUCCUUGAGGAAUGUGAACACACUGUCAGGCUGAAUUUAGAGGCUGAAGAAAAAAAUAAAUUGUACAACUGGAGUUUAAUGCAAAAUGCAACUAAUAUAGAAUACAACAAUAUAAUAAAAAACCAACAGCAAGUGCUUUGUGAUAAAGUAAAGGAGCGAUUACAGGAAUUCCUAAAAAGCGUGGAAGGAGUUUGCACAGAACCCCCAUUCUUGUAUACUGUGCUGAUUGUAAUGGCUUUGGUAUCGUCUGAGAAACAAAGCCUACGAUUAAGUGAGAUCCUCCAGUUUAUUCAGGACAAGUUCCCUUUCUAUCAGAACCGGGAAUCCUGGAAAAAAUCAGUGGUUGUGACUCUAGAAUUGAACAGUUUCUUCACUAAAACCUGUGUGAACUGCAGACCCCAAAGGCUCCAAGACCACGACUGUGAUUGGUGCAUAGACUCAACCACUGCCACCGACAUCCUGGCCCGAGCUUUCCAACUUCAACCACAAGAGGUUCCUGUAAUCCAACAUACUGAAAGUCACCAUAUAAUGCAAGAAGCAAGGACAGACGAAAAUCUGAAAAGCUUUGAAAAUAUAAUGGAAGUAAAAAGUGAGAAUACUAUCACUGAACCAACAGUCCACCCUCUCAAGACUGACAACGGGAAUCAAACUGGUUCUGCAAAAAAAAUAAAGACCAUGAAACCUAAAAGGCGUAUAAGUUCUGUAAGUGAACAGAAAAAAGACAGUUCAACAGAUGAUUUACAGUUACAUUUAAAGUCUGUUGAAAUCCACAAAUCUGAUGACAUACUACAAAAGGAAGUAAAUAAAACAUUAGAUAGCUCUGUGACUGAAGAAAGCCAAGAAAAUAUGACUGAAGUGGUGAAGGAGCAGCUUAAGGAUUUACUACUAAGUGUGGAGAAUAUUUGCUCAGAACCUCCAUUUUCAUAUACUGUGCUGAUUGUCAUGGCUCUGGUAUCAGCUGACAAACCUAGCGUUCAGCUGUUUGAGAUCUUCCAAUUCAUUCGGGAACAGUUUCCAUUCUACCGGGACCGAAACACAUGGAAGAACUCUGUCAAAGUGACCCUUGGGUUGAACAGUUUCUUCUCAAAAGUCUGCACAAGUUCCUGCCAUAAGAAGGCGCAGGAUCAUGAUGGCUGUUGGACGAUUAACUCUUUGACAGCUUCACAAGUCCUUCAAAGAGCCCUGGAAAAUAUUAAAAAUAAGAUUGAUUCAAAUUCCAGCCAUAUGGAAGAAUAUGCAAGCUCUACUAUAGAAAAUAAGGGAUAUAAUGAUUCACAUGAAGAUUUUGAAAAUUUUAUACUUAAUAUGGGAAUGUUAAAACAGGAAGGUUAUCUGAAAAAUGAAGAAAACAAAUUGAUUCUCAAAAACAACUCUUUUUCAAAAUCAAGUGAGGAUGUUAAGGUAUUGUACAAAUUAAAGUUGGACGAAAAUGUAAAGCAAGAAGAUUCAAAAUUUUGUGAAAAUUCAAGUGUUACUUUAAAUUUAGAGGGAGACAUAUCAAAAGGAUAUACGGUGGCUAAAUCAGUUAUCUCCAGUGUAAAGGUAUCUAUAGACCCUCAAUUUAAUGAGCAUGAGCACUGUGAGAAUGUAGACACUACCAACUUGAACAAAACUGAUAUUUCUCUUGGAGGAUUGCAAAGUUCUAACCUCUCGGAUUCAGAUGUGAAAGGGAACUCAGAGUUUCCAAAAAUAACCGAAAAUUUGAUAAUUGAUGCUGAUAAGGAAAAGAAUAUUUAUUUGAAUGCUAACGAUUCAGGCGAACUUAAUAUUGUUGAGUGUUAUGCGAAUAAAAAGUACAAUAUUUCUCAGUUUAAUGAACAUUAUUUUCCGCGAAAAGCACAUGAAUCAGAAGAUUUAAUGUGCAAUGUUUGUGACAAGAAGUUCAGUUGCCCAUUUGUUCUAAAACAACAUAAGUAUGCUCACUCCCAGGCCACAACAAACGCUUGUUACAGUUGCCAUAAAGUGUUCCCUAGCGCAGAGGCUUUGUCGAUUCACUUUUCCAAAAGACAUCCGCAUGAGAAAAAUCGACACACAAAAUCACCCAAAUGUCAGUCCACUCAACUGAUGAAAGAUUUUGACUGCGAGGCUUGUAUUGCAAUUUUCCCUUCCAAACUGAACUUGGAUUCACAUAAAGAAUCUUCACACGAGAGCUUUCACAAAGUGAAAUGUAUUUACUGCAAGGACUCAGAAGAUUUAUACUGCAAGGAAAGUAUAGUGGAUCACAUAGUGCUAGCUCAUCCUGGCCGCAGUACUGUUCUCUUUAAGUGCGAUGAGUGUGGUGCGGUCUUCUAUUGUCAGGAGUCACUAAAUAAACAUGUAACAUUGGUUCACUAAUCAGAUAAUGUGUAAAAGUGAGGGAGUCGAGCUUGUUUAUGAUAAAAGUGCCAGUUAAGAUUUCUUUAUACUUUCUACCUUUUUCUUGAAAUUCGUGUGUUGUUUUAUGAAUGAAUAUUUAAUUAUAAUUACAAAAAUAUUAGCACAUUCUGUCAUUAACAAGAGUUAUUUCAACUUUUUGUUACAGAUACAAGUUUAAGUAGUUAGCUUAACAGUGUAAGCAUUACAUUUAGAUUAUGAUUUAAGACAUUAAAACGUAGUAUUAAGUCAUCAUUAUCCAAAUCAGCUUCCUUUUGGCAAAUUAGAAGAAAUGAUGUUGAAAUCCUGCAUGUUCUACAUUCCUGGUUUUAAUCCUUUAAGAUCUCAUUAAAAGCAUUUCCAUUGUCCCCAGAUCUUAUUUAUUUUUAGAUAUUGUACAGCAUUUAUACUGCAAAAAGUCAAAUGUUUUGUAUAUAAUAUAUUUAAUUAAUAAUAAAAAAGUAGAAGUAACUUCCAGUUAGCCAUUGUUAACAUGCUGUAAAAUUCUCUGGUUGAUAUAAUAUGUUAGGUUGACCCCAAAAGACUAAUGAUUUAAAAUUAAGGAAAAAUUGCAACCAGAAUUAUGAAAACUAUGGUUCUGAUAUCAAUUGUAUUAUUUUUAGAGUUUUUACUUUUCAAUAAGAUGUUUUUGAGCUAUUUAGCUGAUUUGUAAAGAAGCAUAAUUCAUGUUCUAUAUUUAAAAGUGUUGUUUAUAAGAUCUCUUGAAACUUUUUUUAAACUACUAAUGCUUAAAAUACAUACAGUACUUAUAUCUUUACACGAUUUUAUGUUAUUUAGCAAACACUAUUAUAUUUUAAAAAUCAAUAUUUUAACUAUUUUAUAUUUUUUGUAAUAGUAAUUUUUUUAUAUUUAUUUGUAGGAUUUGUCACAAACAACUAAUUAUUAUUGAUUGUAUUUUUUCCAGUGCACCAUAUUUUUUCUUAAAGCAUAUUUAUACAAUUUGUGAAUGAAUUAUGCUAUUGAUUGAUAUCAUUCAUAAUAUAAUGUUACUGUUAUAUUGGUUUGAUAAUAACUUGUUUGCUAUAUGCUAAAAAAGGAGAGUAAGAGUAAAUUUAAAAACAAAUAAAUAAAAAGUAGUUGUUAUAGGAUUUAAGUGACUCAUGCAAGUCCACAAAUUUUGGAUUUGUUAAUUCAACAAUCCAGCAAAUUAAAAAUUUACUUUGAUUACUUUAUUUUACCAGACUAAUUGGAAUGUCCUAGUUGAUUUUAUGAAUGAAGCAGUUACAUUAACUUAUACCUACAUGUUUGAUUAUUUUACAGUGCAAUGGACUGAAUUUAUGAAAUAGUAAUGUAGAAUUGCUUUAAAAAUGUAAAAUGUAACUUACAUUUAGAUAUUUUUCUCAUGGUGUAAUUACAAUUAAUUUUAGGUAAUGAACAUUAUGGUUAAUAAUUGUUUUGUUCAUAAAUUAGCUUGCACAAUUAUUCUAAACUUUUAUUGAAGUAGUUAAAAAUGUUCUUUUGACAUUUUGCAUAAAACAAUCAUGAGACUCAGAUUUUAAAUAAAAAAUGAUGUUAAAAUUCUAUACAAAUAAUAUGUUACAGGUUUACAAUCGGCUAGGAAAGACAUGUUGAUCUUAAUAUUAAUUUUCUAUAAAGUAUCUUGUGUUCAUAAUAUAUUUACCAUAAAUAAAAUAAUACAAAUAUGAACUUAAGACUUAUAGUGGGUAAAUAUAAUUUUUAUACUUUAAGAAAAAGGACAAAGAAAUUCAUUGUAGAAAAUAAAAUAAAUUUAAGAUUUCAUAUUUUAAGUUUUGUGGGUUUUAAUUUUUAAAUAUGGAACCAUUAUUUUGGAAUACAUGUUACGUAUUUAAAUCUUGUAUAAUAUUAAAUAUAUUGGUACUUAGCUUAUUAAAAACAUUUUCACUUUGUAAAAAUAUACAUACUUGUACAAUGGGAAUCCUUAAGACUAUUAUAUAAUAUAUAUUUUAAAAAUAAUGUGAAAUUGUAAAUAUGUAAAGAAUUGUUGUUUUAAUAUUAAGUUUUUGUACCAAGUAAAAAAUGUAAAAGUGAC